AUGGGGUUUCAUAUACCCCCCUCUAAUUCGGUGAGAGGCGUAGAGACCGCAGAAGGGCAGUAUGCCCCCUCUGAGGGUGUGCUAGGCAAUUCUUGCGCGGCUUCUAACAUCAAGCCGAAGGAUGAACAGACGUCCGAGAACCAGAGGAUUGGGGCUCAAAAGUCCGACUUCAAGGCUGCUCCGUGUUCUCGCUUUAUGAGAGGAAGAUGCCACGCAGGCUCAAACUGCAAAUAUGCUCACUCAGCAGCAGAGCUGAGACCCUUUCCUCAUGAUGAGGCCGACCCGCUUCCACCAUGCCUGAAGAGCAGCAGAAGGGGCCCCCAAAGAGGGGGCCCCCGAGGAAAUCGUGACGCAGCGCAGCAGCAGCAGCAGCAGGUGCUGCUGCAGCAGCAGCAACUGCAGCAACUGCAGCAGCAACAACGCAAACAUGCCGCAACAUCGCAGCGCCUAGGGUUUUCGGGAGUGAUACAUGCCCAGGGCAGCAGCAGCAGCAGCAGCAGCAGCAAGUGCGGCGGCGGAAGCAGCAGCAGCAGCAAGAGCAGCGGCUGCAGCAGCACGAGUGUUAGCAGCACGCCUAGCAGCAACAGCAGCAGCGGCUGCAGGAGCAGCGGCGGUGUUGCUGCAGCAGAACUUGCGCAUUCACGCAUGCAGCAGCAGCUGCUGCGUGAUUGCGAAGCACUUUUAAACUGUAUGGGUCUUGCUGCUGCUGCAGGGGCUGGGGGCCCCCCUGUGCUAGAUGUGUACAGAGGAGUUGCUGCUGACGCUGCUGCAGCAGCUAUCCCGCUGCAUGCGCAGCAAACUCAUAAGGGCCCCUCAAACCGCUGCUUCCAGACCCGCAGGGGGUAUGGCUUAGAGCAGCAGCAGCAGCAGCAGCAGCUGCACCAACGACAAAUGCAGCAGCGGCAGCUGCUGCUGCAGCAGCAGCAACAGCAGCAGCAGCAGUUCCUCAUCCAGCAGCAGCAGCAUCUUCACGAAGCGCUACUGCAGCAGCAGGGGCUCAACGAACAGUUGCAGCAGCAGCAGCGGCAGCAACAGCAGCAGCAGCAGCAACCGCAGGCGGACCUAGCUAUUGAGGGUCUCUUGGCGCAGCUAGCGGUGUUACCGUUACCUUCCUCAGCAGAGCAGCAGCAGCAGCAACAGCAGCAGCAGCAACAGCAACAGCAGCUGCUGCUGCAGCAGCAGAUGCUGCUGCAGCUGCAGCAAGAUCUGCCUUUCUUCCUGGGUUCAGGGGCCCUAGGGGGCCCCCCGGGCUUUACGCAUGCACCUUCUUCUCUGCUAUGUCUCAGCAACGACAGCAGCUUAACAUCCUCACAACGUAAUCUAGUAGAUGAGUCUUCUUCAGGGCCCGGAGUGGCCCUUGGGGGUGAGUGGAAGAGCAGCAGCAGCAGCAGUAUCAACGGCAACAGCAGCAGCAGCAGCAGCAGCAGCAGCAGCAGCAGCGGUUGCUGCAGCAGCAGCGGGGGCCUACUGUCGAAUUCUGCUUCGAGCGCCUCUUCCUGCCCUCAAAUCCACAAAAAGGAGGCCCCAGAGGCCCCUUCCCCAGAUGAAUCUUCCUUUAGGUGA